UUUGUGCUUCACAUCAUCUCCGUCUCCAAGCACUAACCCAAUGGAUUUCAGGGCUCUUGUUCUGAUUCUAUGUCUCUCCUUGCCGACCAUAGGGGCCAUUCCAAAAUGCUGUGUGAAAACUCCAAUUGUGCCACUUAACAUUCUGAUGUUGGUGAACAAAUAUGAUGUCCAGCACAGCCACGGUAUCUGUGACAUUGACGCCAUCAAAUUGCAUGUGAAGGGGAGGAGGUACUGUGCUCACCCAAAAGUCCUAAAAGUCCUAGAAAUGCUUGAGGAGAAGCGGAGACUACAGCGGCAGGCACGUGCCAGUUGGACUGGUAUUUGAGGAUGAUGCCAUCCACAGAGUCGGCUUCACUCUGUUUUGUUUUAUUAUUAUGUGUGCCAUAUGUUUUACAAAUAUACACAUGGGCUUAAUUUAGAUGAUUUGCUCAGAUUGUAGCAUAUCUCCUGUUGUCAGAUAACUCAGUUGUUUACGGUGAAAACAUGCUCAAUUUAAAUGCUUUGGGAGCUGAAUGAGUAUCAUAUUGUCUCAUAUUUUAACCAGAAAUGUUAAGGUUGAUCAUUGUGUCUCAAGACAAUUCACAUAUUCAUAGAGAUAUUUUUCACUGUUUGUAACCCUAAAAAAAAAGAAAAGCAAAAAGGUGUUUUCACAAUUCAUAUCCAACUUGAUUCAUCUAAUCCAUGAAUGUGAGAUUUAGUGCAAAUAAACUAUACAGUCUGGACAUA